AAGAAUUUUCUGGGAGCAGUCAAUAAGUCCAAAAAGAAGGCACACAGGAAGCAGAUACUGGAACUGCUACAGCAGCUGACAACAGUUUAAUCGCUGGACCUGGUAUUAUCUUGAGGAAAUACAAAGUGAUUGGAGCACAGGGAAAACUUAUUCGCAUAACAGCAUGUGUAAUUUUAUCAAAGCACACAAUUGUAUGCCAAAGUUCAGCAUAUUCCAUCACAACUCCAAAGAAGAUGUCCAAGGGAAAUGUUUCCCACAACUUGCUCAAGGAAAUACCAACUAAGACUGGGACUGGGUUUAUAUUCCCCGAGAAAUUACAAGCUCCACAAGCUAUUAAGAAAGGGUCAAAACGCAAGAGAAACCUUGUGCAGUGUUCUGGAUCAGAUCUGUGAUCUCCAAAGUGUGGAUAACCUAACAAUUCAUGGGGAGAAACUUGGGGAGUAUGUGGUGGAGGAGCUUUUGAACAGUAAGGCUUUAAUUGCAGGCUGGAGGGCUCUACAUGAGGAGGUCAAAUUACCCGAGGCUGGCAAUUCCAUCAAAGACAGUCUCAUCAUGAAGCUUUCUGACUGCUGGGAUAUCCACAUCUGAAUUUGUAGAACUGAAGUCAAAGAUGUACUCACUUUUAGUCAGUGGCAAAGCCAAGAAAACAGCUUAACUAGAUGUGUCGUGAAAAACACAAUCAUACAGGAUGAUUAUAGAAAUGCUGCGUUGAACAUUCAGCUAAUGAUGUUGAGCAUGAAACAGUUUAAGUCAAUCAAGCAUGAAAUCUUUAGGAUGGGCAACAAAAUCAGUUUGAAUCACUAAAAUGACAAGAGAUAUGUACUCUAUGAUGGCAUCAAAUCUUUAGCCAAUGGACAAAUUCAAUAUUCAGUAGAUUAGAGUUAUGAAUGAUUGAAUUAGAGGAAUGAAUUUUUCACGACAAAAAUCAAGAUCAUCUCUACUUCCAUCUAGUCUAUUAAUGAAUAACCCACGGUACAAUUUAAGUAUUGAAUAUCAUAGUAAACUGUGAAAACAAUACACCUAAUAUAAAAAUUUGUUCCCAUUAGGAGAAAUGCAGGGGAACAUGUUUU